AUGGGCGACGUGACCGAGUGCUACCUAGACAGCUCCAACUCGACUCCAGCGCCCGAUAUCUUUGCGUACCGCGGCAAUCCGCAACACAUGCCGAGCCCGGCUAUUGGCUCCUACAGCAUAUUCGGAAUACGGUCCGAUGUUUGCUUCGAUAGGUUUGGACGAUACGGUCCAUACGGUUUCGGAUAUCGAAAAGCCCACGGCGGGUCAGGCGUCGGGCUCGACACGGAGAGCUCGGGCAGUGACACCGUGUGGUCCGUGACGGGGCAAAUAAAUUUUGGCGGUAUGAACUGGAGCGACGCCCAAGAACGCUGCUUUGUCGCCAACAGACAUCGGUUUGACUCGGGGUCGAGUGACAUGACCAAGAGUUUCGUGGAGAAGGGCACGAACAAGAGAAGAUCGAGAGAGGCCGAACAGCAACCCGAGGGGGACGGGGACGGUAGCCAACCAAAGCUUCUCCGCCGCUCCGCGGUCGUGGUGCGCCUCUAUACGGGGUUUCAGUGGACCGAACUGGCCAUACUGAACCUGCGUGCCAUGAUCUCCGAGCUGUCGCUCAAGAGCGGCGGGGAGUACGCGGUGCAUAUCCUGCUGCAUGUUCACAACACUGACCUGCCAAUCUGGUCUGAUGAAGAUACGCUCAGGAAGCUCUUGCGAGCCCAUGUGCCGGUCGAGUUCCACGGCCUCGUGUCGGUCUGGAGCGAAGCAGAGAUGACGCUCUAUUACCCGGGUGCAUUCGAUGCGCCGUUGGCCAACCCGAGCGAGAGGACCACGCACGGGUUCUACCGCAGCGGCCAUCUCCCACUACAGGUGUUCGCCAUGCGCCAUCCGGAGUACUCGCAUUACUGGAACUGGGAAGUGGACAUUCGCGUGGUGGGCAGCUAUUACGAGUUGUUUGAUCGGAUAGCGCGUUGGGCGGAUCAGCAGCCACGCCGACUGCUAUGGGAGCGCAGUUCUCGAUACUACAUACCCUCCUACCAUGGAUCCUGGGACAACUUCUCGCGGACGGCUCAUCUCGACACGAAGCAGUCUGGACGGGACGCGGUUUUCGGCCCGGUGGCGUUUCCGGGUCAGCAGAAGCGUCUGCGGCACGGCAAACGGCAGACAUCAGCGCUACCCGCGCGUUGCGCCGAGCAACCAGACGACGAAGAAUGCGGCGUAGGAGAAGAAGCCGACCUCAUCACCCUCAACCCCAUCUUCGACACGUUCGAGUCCGGAUGGAUCUUCUCCGACGACGUCACCGGAUAUCCCAGGGCCUCCGCGUCGCAACCUCCUCGACGAUGCGCCAUCGUCACGGCCUCCCGGCUGAGCGGCUGUCUCCUCAAGGCCAUGCACGAGGAAGUAUGGCGGCAUCACCGCACAAUGUUCAGCGAAAUGUUCCCCCCGAGCGUCGCGCUGCACCACGGGCUCAAGGCCGUGUACGCGCCCCAUCCGGUGUACCUGGACAGGGCGUGGGUGGACCCCGUCGACGACGACGCCAUGGACCGCGUCUUCAACGGCGGCGCGGCGCACUCGACGUCCGGCGCGGGGAGCCCGUUCGACACGAAGAACGAGCACAACUUCAAGGGCUCGACGUGGUAUUACAACAGCGAGUUCGCGGGGCUCCUCUGGCGGCGAUGGCUGGGCUAUGCGCAGACGCAGGCGGGUCGUCGAGCGAGGAGCGGCCCGGACGCCAUCACGUCGCGCGCGAGGGGGGGGUUUGAGGAGGAGAGCGACGAGGAGAGCAGCGGCAGGAUGUGCUUGCGAAGCAUGAUUCUUCACCCCAUCAAACACGAGGGGCCCGGCGAUGUAUAAUUGUGUGUGUGCGAUACCAACUUGGGUC